AACAAAAUAAUCAUGUUUUUGGUUCAUCCCUGGAAAAAAAAUACACAAAAAACAAUAUAAGCAAAAAGCCACUAUCUGUAAGAGUAAAAAUGGUCCACUGUGUUAUAUCAAGUCCAAAGUCAGUGCAGUGUUUUCCCAGAAAAUCUUAGAGCAUGUGGAUUUCAUUUUCCAGCAGGACUUGGCACACUGCCCAAAAAAGUACCAAAUGAUCUGGAUAGAGCAGAGCCUGUGUGGUAGGGCAGAGAAUGUAGAGAUUGGGUGGUGGUGUAGCAGAGACUGUGUGAUGGUGGAGUAGAGUCUGCAGAGACUCUGUGGUGGAGCAGAGCCUGUAGAGACUGCGUGGUGGAGCAGGCCUGUAGAGACUGUGAGGUUGAACAGAGACUGUAGAGACUGUGUGGUGGUGGUGGAGCAGAGCUUAUAGAGACUGUGUGGUGGAACAGAGCCUGUAGAGCCUGUGUGGUGAAGCAGAGCUUAUAGAGACUGUUUGGCGGAACAGAGCCUGUAGAGCCUGAGUGGUGGUGGAGCAGAGCCUGUGUGGUGCAGCAGAGCCUGUAGAGCCUGUGUGGUGAAGCAGAGCCUGUAGAGACGGUGCGGUGAAACAGAGCCUUUAGAGACUGUGUGGUGCAACAGACCCUGUAGAGCCUGUGUGGUGGAGCAGGGCCUGUAGUGACUGUGUAAUGGAGCAGAGCCUGUAGAGACUGUGUGGAGGAACAGAGCCUGAAGAGACUGUCUGGUGAAACAGAGCCUGUAGAGACUGUGUUGUGCAGAGCCUGUAGAGACUGUCUGGUGAAACAGAGCCUGUAGAGACUGUGUUGUGGUGGAGCAGAGCCUGUAGAGACUGUGUGGUGGUGGACCAGAGCCUGUAGAGACUGUGUUGUGGUGGAGCAGAGCCUGUAGAGACUGUGUGGUGGUGGACCGGAGCCUGUAGAGACUGUGUGGUAAAACAGAGCCUGUAGAGACUGUGUUGUGGUGGAGCAGAGCCUGUAGAGACUGUGUUGUGGUGGAGCAGAGACUGUAGAAACUGUGUGGUGAAACAGAGCCUGUAGAGACUGUGUGGUGGCGAAACAGAGCCUGUAGAGACUGUGUUGUGGUGGAGCAGAGCCUGUAGAGACUGUGUGGUGGUGGAGCAGAGACUGUAGAAACUGUGUGGUGAAACAGAGCCUGUAGAGACUGUGUGGUGGUGAAACAGAGCCUGUAGAGACUGUGUGGUGGUGGAGCAGAGACUGUAGAGACUGUGUGGUGGAGCAGAGCCUGUAGAGACUGUGUGGUGGUGGAGCAGAGACUGUAGAGACUGUGUGGUGGUGGAGCAGAGACUGUAGAGACUGUGUGGUGGUGAAACAGAGCCUGUAGAGACUGUGUUGUGGUGGAGCAGAGCCUGUAGAAACUGUGUGGGUGAGUUACUGUCUCUUUAAGAGCGAUAUCUGUGUGUGUAUUACGCAGCACACACAUACACACAGAGACACACAGACAGAGGAAUACUGAGCAGCAGCGGCAGGCUCUCAGCGCUGUUCCUCGCCGCUGUUUUAAGCUGCACGGCGGCGAUAGGAGCGGUGUAGGGGCUGAAAGUGAGCGCGGUGUUCAGACGGUGAGAUUUAUCGUCUUCCGCUCAGCGCAGUUUCUUUCUACAUGACGCCAGAGCCGGAGCCAGCACGCAGGCGCAGCAGACCGCAGCAGCGCUGAGGAGGAAGAAGGAAGAAGAAGAAGAAGGACUAGCACGGUUAGAGAUCAGACUCGAGCCCAGGCGCUGCUCUUAUGGUCACAGAGUUCCUGCUACUUUAAACAGAAAAACAACAGGCACCAUGCAUUCAUUGUCAACUUAUCAUCACGUGCAGAGCAAAAGUGAAUCAACAGUAUAAGGCAGCUGCAAAUGAAACAAAAUGUGACUCCACAGAAAACCUCUGAAAAGCAGCUAACACAUCUGCUGAGGGACGAAUUGAUCGCAGCAGGAUUUAAUAUGAAAAUACUUUUUCAACUGUGUUGAGGUGCAAAGAGUUAAAAACAGCAGGUAUGCCUAAGGCAAAGGCUUUGAAGAAGCGGCGCUAUAGGCCCGUAUCGGAAUUUGAUGAAGCCACCCUUGCUUGUAAAAGGGAAUACUGGAGGACUCAGAAGAGGGAGCAGAGAGCAAAAAUGUCCAUGGGCACGACAUCGCCCAGAAAUACAAAUACAAGAAGGUGUAAACGUGCUGUUACAACUUCACCUCAGACAAAUAAACCUGUGCCAGAUAAACCUCAUUCCCAGUUUACUCCUGCUUUUCCCCAAAGUGGUGGAUCAUUCCAGAAUAAUGUUACACAAAAACGAACCAACGCAUGUCAUUUCACACCAGAAACCAAUGUUAGGACAGAAAUCAACCAAAAGAACACGUGUGGAAGGAGAAACCUCAAUAAGGUUGUACACCAGCUCCCUGAAAAUAAUGCAGACUCCACAAAGUUUAAAAGCUUCACCAACUUGUCUCAUUUCACACCAGAAAUUAGUGUUGGGACUGAAAUGAACCAAAAGGACACAUGGUGUGAAAGGAUCAACCUCAACAAAGUUGUAAACCAGUUCCCCGAAAAUAACACAAACUCUACAAGGUGUAAAAGCUUGAUCGCUAAGGAAUCAAAUGUGAAUGCUUCCAUGGUUAAGCUCAGUGGGUUACCGCCAAUCACCAACCCAGCAAUUUUACCAGUGCCUAGAGCUUGCGUAAAAGUACACGCAAACAUCACAGAAACUCGUCAGAUACCGAACCGACCGUCAGCCUUUAAUGGCAGCUUUUCCAGCAGUUCUCAGCAAUGCUCUGUAUCCAGGUUUACAGCACAGUGCAACCAACAAAAAAGGCCUCAAAUUAAGAUCUGUGUACCACCCAGAUCUUCUUCUUAUGUGGGAUGUAAAGUUAAUAUGGACCAGCAGCACAUCUUAGCAGGAAGACCCACCAUCCCAAAUAGAACAACGACAACAUGUGCCUAUGUCCCAGAAUGCAACACAACCCAAGACAGAACCACAGACCCACCAAUGACCGAAGAGGAGCAGGCUGCUAAACGUAGAGAGAUCUGGCGUAUCAAGAAACGAGAGCAAAGGGCAAAACGAGCAGAAAAGCUAAAGAAGGACAAAGAGAAGUCCCAGUGUUUUGGAAAAGGGCAGCAGGAAAUUGGGAAGCUUUCCUGUGUGGCUCCAACACGUCCAUUACUCUCAGUGAACACAAUAGCUUUGAGAAGAGCCAAGCUACCAAACUCGGUCAAGUCUGUUGGUUUAAUACAGCCUGAUGGAAGACCAGCCCAUUUUACAGUCAAAUAUGGGAGCAACAUGAAGCAAUCUCCCUAUAAUCGUCCUUUACCAAGAGUAGACACACAAGUGUCAAUUGCCAAAAAUUUCUGUUCUGUUCCUGUCAAUAAAACAAAUCACAUUCUGCGCAUGAAACCAGUCCAAACCCAAAAUCAUUUGGCCAUAUUGCCAGGGGUUUCUUUUCAGGGGCCUUCAGGUGCUAUUCAUGUACCUAACAAACGCAAAAUCCAGCCACAGAGGCUGAUGCAUACCCCAAGGAGGCAAAGCUUACCGCAGCAGAACGACAGCGUGGAGACCCCUGAGGAGCGGCACGCUAAACAGAAGGAGUACUGGCGCAUCAAGAAGCGUUUGCAGAGAGCGAGGCUUGCCGUUCAAGUAAAAGCUCAUAUGAGGGAUGCACUUAAACAGUGCACAGUACGUAACCAGGGCUGCCUGGACCAACCACUUCACAAGACCCCAACAGGAGUCUUCCAGAGAGACCCGCAACCAAACAGGAACCUGCUUGGUGGUUCCUCGCAGACAGUUGGCCAAUUUAUCGAAGAGGAUGGAACAAUAUCGAUCCUGGAAAUAGGUUCACCAGCUACGAGUUGUGCCAGUGCAUGUGCUGUAAGAUCAUCGUACCCAACCCAAUCAAAUUCUCCAUCAGCCUUCCACUCACAAAAGCUAGUCAGAGGCAGAGGCAGGUCCUCUCUACAUGGGAUUGGAAUGAAUAGGAUGAAUUACAGAGGAAAUCUUCACCAAAGGUACACUGGUCAGAUGCACAUCUCAACUGUUAAUCCUGUUGUCAGGACAAGAGUAGCUAAGUGUAUCUCAAAUUCUGACAUUCCCAAGGGCUUGACCAAAGCACGCAAGACUCAAGCGCCAACCCAGGAAGUCAAAGCAGGUUGUAGAAGGGGAUUGAGAAGUUCAGAUUCUUCUUCAAGUUCGGGAAUUACCGCAAGUUCAGACUUGGCACCUCAGAAUACUGUAAAAGAAGAACCUAGUUAUCCUUUAAUAGAUUCUGUAUAUUCCCUCGCAGAACCAAAAGAUAUUUGUACGAAUAGCAAAGACAUCAAAGCUGCCCCUUCACCUCCUCCUGAUACAAAGGUCGCGAAAGAGGUUUCUUCGUCAGGUUGUGACAACCAAGCAACCACUCUCUUAGUGGUGGCCUCUAUGCAGAAGCUUCUGGAAGAGUCUCUAAGCUCUGUGGUCGAGACUUGUGUCGCUUCUACAAGUACAGAUGUUUUCCUCCCCUGUAAAAUUGAAGAAGAACCCUGUCCUCAGGAGACCGAGGCAAGUGUAAAACCUGAUCCUACUACACGUCCCGGAGCAUCAGGUUGCAAGUUCGCUGGGUCCACCGACCCCUCCAUAGAGGUCAAACAGAGUUCAAAUCUGUGUCAUUCUCCCCCACAAGCCCCUGACUUUUCUGCUGAAGACACUGUCAUUUCAUGCCCAGGUUCCUUGGUUGAAAUCCCUUGUCCCAUCACUGCUGAAACCUCAGGCUUGAAUCCAAAUUUAAGGGAUAGAGCGCCUGAUCUGUCAGUGGCUGUAGGUGUGAGGCCUGGACGCAGAGGCACUCAAGCAAACAGUGUCAGGAGAGGACGAUUUCAACAGGCCUGUGGAGGUCAGCAGCAGAACGAGCGCAGUGAGCUUCAGAAGAAGAGAGAAUACUGGCGAAUAAUGAAAAGAAAGCAGAGGGCCAAAAAAGCCAAUGAGACAGAGGGAAGCAGACAUGUUGUACAGCACAAACAACUUUCUCAGCCAGUACAGAGAAAAUGGACCAACUUCCAAGUCCAUUAUCCCCCUGUGGCUAAACCAGGGAGUCACACAAACCUCAACGAUCAUGCUGUCUCGACUGCUGCCGCUUCACGUCCCACCCGGCUCGUGUUAAGUCCCACGGAAUCAAACCAACAGUCGAACCAACACUCAGCAAAUUGGGGCAAGACAAAAUUUUCCCAAUCAUCUCAGGUAAAUAAAUGGCAGCUCCAAACAAGUGCUCUCACUUCGUCCAUCAGACCAGAUACUGUGACUUCCACACAAAUGAACCACAUACAGCCCUGCACACCUCGAAUGCAGAACAGAAGAUCCUUCAUGACCAAUUUAAAAAACAAACGAAACCGCUUUAAGGCGGACUCAAACCAAGGGUUGGAUGCGGAAGAGAUUCUGCGGAGGAAAAGGAUGCACUGGAGAAUAAAGAAGCAGGAACAAAGAGCGAAGAAGGCAGCGAGAGAGAGAGAGCUCAGCCAGCAUGCACACUUUAACCAACUGGGACCCAGCCUGUACAAUAAUAUUCCAGAGGUAGUUGUAAGCAUUCCACCCGAGAGACCAGAAUACCACCUCGAUCAAUGUCAGGUUCCAACUCUUAAAGAUGAAGCGGAGCUGUGUUUCGUUCCUGAUGAUAAUUACACAGAAGAGCCCUUAACGGCAGCCAAGUGGAGAAACGCUUACCUUAUGGAUUAUGAUCCGGUCAACCAGCUGUUGGUCUGCAUGGUGUGUGGAGAGCAGCAGUACUGCCUCAGUGUGGAGGGGGCAACAGCUCACAUAGAAGAAGCCCACCCGGGCACCCUGUCUCUGGAAGAGAGGGAACGCCAGCGUAUCCUACAGGCCUGGGACGAGCAAGUGGCUAUGAGAGAGCGCUUCUUCACCAACCAGCUUUGGCAGCAAAGUGGCACGCUCCAAGUGGAAAACACGACACACACAGCAGAGAUAGAAGUGACUCUGGAUGCAGAAGACAUAAAACAAACCAAAACACGAACGUCUUAAAUCACCAACAGCUUUACCAGCGGAGGACGCAGGUGAGACAGACUGCUCUCCCAUAUUUAUUUUAUCAAGAGAGCUAAAAAAAAAAAAAUAUAUAUCCAAACCCACAAAAGCACAGAGGAGCUUUGCAGGCCUCGUCUUAUGAAUCUGGAUCAGCAUGCUGUUCGUCUGAACUGCCUUAAGACCUGCUUCCCUCCUUUAAGCUCUCCUAAAGAGAGACCUGCCAUGUUUUUGUUUCCAUGUUUCUUAUCUGGACUGCACUCCUGAGAAAUACGGGGAUAUGUAUAGUGUGCAAUUUGUUAAAGUUUAUAAAUUUAUUGAACAUUUCAUUGUUUUUGGAUAGCCUGGUGAGCUCCUUGUGUUUUGGAGCUUUCCUGACCUGAUAUGUUUUUUUUGUUUAUUAAACUGACUGUAAAUUAAGUGAAAUGCUCAGUUUCUCAUAUUUCUCUGAGCUGGUUCUUUUAAUAUUUAAUAUUUUUCAACAGUUCCUUCCUCUGUAAGCUGUUGCUGUUUCAUACUGAACACAUAUGCACACAUACCUGACUUUGCAGCAAUCUUAGCAAUUAACUGCAACCCAUAUAAAUAAUGUGUAAUUAUGCCUUUGCUAUAUUUAUAUACUGUACAUUUGAACUGUUUUAUUGAAACUUUUCUGGAAAAUACUGUGCCUAGUGUAUAGACACGUUCAUGUCGUUACAUGUUUUUGCAUGAUGAAUAUGCUGUAAAACUCUUUCAUUUGAAAUUCAUUUAAACAUUUUGACCAUACCUUAGGGUUUGAGCUAAUUACAAGAGCAUGGAAACUUGAGCAACAUGAUUGAAACAUGGUGUAAGAAUGAAAACAACAAUGCUUUGCUCUAGCUAAACAUUCAAGCAGCGUAUCAAAAUGGUCUCAAUGCUUGUGUUCACAUUUCAAACCUGAUUUAUUCUGAUUUUUGGGUUUAAUCGGAUCUUUUUGACUUAAUGGUUCAUGUUUAUAUGGAUUAAUAACUUGUAUAGUGUGUGAACAUACCCAAGGCAAGCUCUGAAAAAAGAAUCGAAUUAAUGAAUGAAUGAAUGUACAUUAGAAGCAUUAACAUAAAGUGGGAUCCUAAAUAGCUUUUUCCUCCCUAGUACACUAAUUAGUAAUGUAUAUUAUAAUAGAAUCCCAAAAUUAUUGGAUGGAGGCAAAAAUCUGCUAGUUCUCAUUAAGGUCGCAUUGCCUGGAAUCAGACAUGUGCAGUGGUUUGCUAAAGUAGUCAUGUCUCUUUAAACUUUUCACAUUUUAUCACUUUACAACCACAGACUAUUUUACUGGUUUUUCAGUAUUUUACUGAGAUUUUGACUGAUGGACCCAACACAAAGUAGCACAUGGAACGAAAAUUAUACAUGGUUUUCUGAAUGUUAAUCCAAUAAAAAUCCCAUUUUCUUUAUUUUGUAGCCUCCAACAGGUUGUCCUGUUAUUAGCUACAUCCAUCUUCCCAUCAACUCUGACCAGCUUCCCUGUCCCUGCUGAAAAAUAAGCAUCCCCACAGCAUGAUGCUGCCACCACCAUGUUUCACAGUGGUGUGUUGAGGGUGGUGGUUUGUUAAGUGUUACUUUUUUAAUUAAAUUUGAUUAAACUUUUGAAAAAACAUGUGUGAUUUUUCGUUAUGUGCUACUUUAUGUUGUUCUUUCACCUAAAAUCCUAAAAUACAUUUAAGUUUGUGGUUGUAAGGUGACAAAAUGUAAAAAUGUUUUUGCAAUACACUGUAAAACAGUCCAGCCAAUCUGGUGAAAAAAAAAAAUCAGCUUGGGUUAGAUGAUUUGAAGGGAUGUGAAACAGAAACAGACAAGCAGAAGAGACAACAAACUGGUUACAUUCCCAUUUUAGUACAGGAUUUAUGUCUCUCAUUUACUGUAGUAAUAUGUUCUAGAAUAUCUAAUAAGAAGAAAUAGAAAAGAAGAAUAAAAAGAAAGGAUUGCUUUAAAAAAGCCACAUUCAUUUCUGUUUGAUAUGACCAACAAGAUAAAUAAAACUGAUACCAAGAUUUUCAAACUGCUAUACAUAUUUUUUUUUUAUUUGGACUGUAAUUUGUGUUGGACUGAUGGUGGCUGGUAAAUACAUUAUUCUUUCAUUUGUAUUAUUUGUAAUGUGAAUUUUUCUACUCAUGGCCUUUUCAUAUCUAUUGUUCUAACUUUUCAAAAGAUAAUAAAGAUUUUUCUACUAUCA